UUGUGGACAUGGGGUCUUCCAAAUUUCACUUCCCUCCUCUUCUUCUUCCUUCUCCUCCAUUUCUAACCUCUCUUUCACUUCUCCUUCAACCUUCCUCUCUACUUCCAUGGCUUCCACCACUACUUCACCCUUCAAAUCCAUCUCCACUCUCGUUUCUCUCUCCUCCCCUUCAAAACACUCUCUCCCUAACUACUUCCCCACCGUAAACUCCCACCUCCCCGCCUCUAAAAUCUCCAUUUCUAUCCGAAAGUUGACUAGUUUCAAGAGAUCUGUGGUAUGCAAGGCGGCCGAAGUAUCUGUGGCUGAAGAAUCUCCCGCGUCGGACGGUGGUGGAAAUAAUUGGGUUCCGGUGGUGCCGCUGUCCGCAUUGCCUAGAGGAGAAAGGAGAGUGAUCAUUCAAGAUGGGGAGACCAUUUUGCUUUUGUGGUACAAGGAUUCGGUUUUCGCUAUCGAAAACCGGUCUCCUGCUGAAGGUGCUUACAGUGAGGGUUUGCUCAAUGCCAAACUUACCCAAGAUGGCUGCAUAGUCUGCCCUACAACUGACAGUACAUUUGAUCUUCGAAGUGGAGAAAUUAAGGAAUGGUAUCCAAAUAACCCAGUGCUGAGAGUUCUCACCCCUGCUUUGAGGGGAUUGUUCGUCUAUCCUGUGAAAUUUGAUGAACAAAAUAUCUACAUCAGCAUGGGAGGUAGUUCAAAUGUUGAUGCUUCUGCUGAGAUCGUCUUUAGUGGAAAGGCUCAACCUGGUAUAACUGCUACAGAUGUCAACGUGGAAGAGGUAAAAAUGUUUGUUGAUGAAAGCUCAGGAGGAUUUGGUUUCACACGGAAGAACGAAGUGAUUAAUGGAAAGGCUGCUGUCAUCGGGUUUCUAUUACUAUUAGAUUUUGAACUUCUAACUGGUAAAGGCCUUCUCAAGGGUACUGGAUUCUUAGAUUUCCUUUAUUCUGUUACUGAUGCUUUCAAUUAAGCAGAUUGCUUGGGUGAAAACACACAUUUUUUUUUUAUCAUAUGGUCAGUAUAUAGUUAUAAUUCAUCACAUAUGUCUCUUAAUAACUCCGUCUUCUCUUCUAUGUUUUACUUAUGUAAAUUAUAUGUUUAUAUAUACAAUGGGUGUUAGUCUAGGUGCUUCUACAA